UCAUAUUCAUAUUGUCUUAGACUAAUAAAAACCAUCUUCUGAUUGAAAAAAAUUUUUAUGUUGUUUUAUAACAUAAUUUUCGCCUUUGAAUUUAGUGCAUUUUUUACAAUGAAUAUCUGUUAGCAACCUUUGAACUUGUGCUGUACAAUAUCUGCGAUCUAUUGUCCAAGGAAUAACACGCGUUGCAACAAAAAAAUAAGAAAGUAAAACUUAUGAAUAAUAAAAAGAUAAAAGAAUAGCGGUGUGUGUGACGUGUAAAUCCGAAUAGUGUUCUGCCAAAAAGAUUAAGCUUAAUUCCAUUGAUGCAUUGUCGCUGUCGAAAUGGGGAAAUUACUUUCGAAAAUUUUUGGUAACAAAGAAAUGCGCAUUUUAAUGCUAGGACUGGAUGCAGCAGGCAAAACAACUAUUUUAUACAAAUUAAAAUUAGGCCAAUCUGUGACCACAAUACCCACUGUUGGCUUCAAUGUGGAAACAGUUACCUAUAAAAAUGUCAAAUUCAAUGUCUGGGAUGUUGGAGGACAAGAUAAGAUAAGACCUCUGUGGCGGCAUUAUUACACUGGUACGCAAGGUCUCAUAUUUGUAGUGGAUUGUGCGGAUCGUGAUCGUAUCGAUGAAGCGAGAACAGAAUUACAUCGAAUUAUAAACGAUAGGGAAAUGCGAGAUGCCAUUAUUUUAAUAUUUGCUAAUAAACAAGAUUUAGCGGAUGCAAUGAAACCUCAUGAGAUUCAAGAAAAAUUAGGUUUAACUAGAAUACGAGAUCGUAAUUGGUAUGUGCAACCUUCCUGUGCAACAACCGGUGAUGGCUUAUACGAGGGUCUGACGUGGCUUACAUCCAAUCAUAAAUUAUGAGAAUAAUUUUCAUAAAAUCAACAGAAUAAUAAUAUAAAAAACAAAAACAAACAACAAUACCACUAUAAAACAAACAAUAACAACAACAAAGAGAACAACCGAAAAAAGAAAACAAAUAUAAAUAUACCCGUAUGCAUGUUUUAUUUGAAUAGAGGAAAUGAAAAAGAAAAAAAAACAAAAUACAACAAAAAAAAGCAACCAACAGCAAGUGGAGAAGACCGACAUACAAAACAACACACAUACAUACAUACAAGUCAAUCAAACCGAAUUACGAAUUAACCAACAAUAGAAAAUUUUUUGAAUAUUUUGCAAAAAUUUAGUGAUGAAAAAAUAAAAACCGUUCUACUAUUAUAACUAUUAUACCAAACAGCCCAAACUUACAACAGAAACAAAGGAAUUCUAAAAUUACAAAAAAAAAUCAACAACAACAAAUACCACACAGAAGACAACAACAACAACGUUUUUAGCAUUUAAGAAAGAAAAAUUUGUAAAUUUAUUAUGAAAAACAAAGAAAAAAAAACGAAACGAAGAACUACCAUUACAACAGGAACAACAUCAUCACACCCACACCACACAGACACACAUGCCACAAACAAACUACAAGAACAACAACAACAGAUUGGAAACCCACACAAAACGAUUGAAGAUCAUUCAUGGUAUGGAUACUUCAAUCCUAUCUCGGCCCCUUUACUCCCCCCCCCCCCCCAACAAACCUCCUCAGUUAUAAUGAAAAAGAAAAAACAAGGAUAUGCAAAGUCCUACAAGUAACUAAAAAGUAUAUGCAUAUAUUAUUAUUAAAUAUAGUAAAUAUUAUUAUUAUUAUUUACCUUAUUAUUAUAUUAUAUAUUUUUUUUGUUUAGAUGUAAACUUUAAGUUUUUUUUAAAGACGACUUGUUAACGAGUCCUUAAAAAACAAAUUAAUUUAAUGCAAUUAAUUGAUUCAAGAAAUAAUAAUUAUUAUUAUCAGCAAAACAAGAAAAACCAAGCAAAACAUUAAAAAAAGGAAAAAUAGUGUGAAAAUAUUAUGUAAUUUAAAAUAAACAACAACAACAACAAAACCAACCAAUCAAGCAUCAAAA